UGUUUGUUACAGAUCAUAAAUUUUGUUUUGUUGAAAAUAAAACCCCAAUCGCCUCUCAAAGAGAUCUGAGUAAUUUUGUUGCGACCAGUUGUAGACUAAUACAUUUUUUAAAAAUUUUGCUCGAUUCCGGCACCGCGCAUGACGCUCGUGAUCCAUCCCUGGUUUUCACCACAGAAGGAGAAGAAAAGUACUGCGAAAAAGUUUGUUUAAAACACACAAAUUGGUCACAACGUCAACCGUUGUUAGCCAAAUUGCAAAUAAGUUCUCAGAGUACAUGUGCUUAAGUACAUCUGAUAUACAUAGGCAAUACUUGUGUGCCACGCGAAUUGAAAUAAAAUUUUUUUUCCUGUCUGGACAAUAACGUAGUCUUUUUCACUCGUUUUGCGCUCUUCGUUUUGCACGCUGCUUCUUUUGGAAUCGUAGGUUGGUUGCAACGCUUUUCUCAUAAAAACUUGGGUCCCAAUCCGAAACAGCUGCCAGUCACCAAACAAUUCCUGGACACGCUUUUUCCCAGCCCUCUCCUGCCAACCAGCAACGAGUAACGUCGUCGUCGUCGAUUUAGCCGGAGGAGCAGCUAAAAUCAAUCAAAAUUAACGCGGACACAGCUACUACGACUGGUGCUGCUGCUGUUGAGCGACGCAGACGUGAACGCUGCUUUUACUACAAAGCGAUGGCGAUGUUGAGCUCCGAUGAGGCGAGCAAAUUGCUCGAUUUCAAUCAAAAGUUGGACAUCAAUCUGCUCGACAAGAUCGUUGAAGCACUCUACUCAUCGCAAGGUGAGCAAUUGCGUUUGGCGCAGGACAUACUUACCACACUGAAGGAGCAUCCAGAGGCAUGGACACGUGUCGACAGCAUACUCGAAUAUUCACAGAAUCAGCAAACCAAGUUCUAUGCGCUUCAAAUUCUCGAGGAGGUGAUCAAGACUCGCUGGAAGGUCCUGCCGCGCAAUCAGUGUGAGGGCAUCAAAAAGUAUGUGGUCAGCCUGAUCAUUAAAACAUCCUCGGAUCCGGCUAUCAUGGAGCAGAACAAAGUUUAUUUAAAUAAACUGAAUAUGAUACUGGUGCAGAUAUUGAAGCGAGAGUGGCCGCGCAACUGGGAGACAUUCAUCAGCGAUAUUGUUGGCGCAUCAAAAACGAACGAGAGUUUGUGCAUGAACAAUAUGGUAAUACUGAAGAAUCUCAGUGAGGAGGUAUUCGACUUUUCGCUGGGGCAGAUAACGCAAACGAAGUCCAAGCAUCUUAAGGAUACGAUGUGCUCGGAAUUUUCGCAAAUCUUUACGCUUUGUCAGUUUGUGCUGGAGAAUUCAAUGAAUGCGGCUCUUAUACAGGUGACACUGGAGACGCUGCUACGCUUUCUCAAUUGGAUACCAUUGGGAUACAUAUUUGAGACGUCACUGAUUGAGACACUGAUCUUUAAGUUUCUCAGCGUACCGAUGUUUCGCAAUGUAACCCUAAAGUGCCUGUCCGAAAUUGCCGGCUUAACGGCAGCCAAUUACAACGAGAACUUUGCGACGCUCUUCAAGGACACGAUGGUGCAACUGGAUCAAAUUAUUGGUCAGAACAUGAACAUGAAUAGCGUCUUUCAGGGUGGCAACGAUACGGAACAAGAACUGGUGCUCAAUCUGGCAAUGUUCCUCUGCACGUUUCUGAAAGAACAUGGCAAACUAGUCGAGGAUGCCAAGUAUGUGGACUAUCUGAAUCAGGCGCUCAUGUAUCUGGUCAUGAUCAGUGAAGUCGAGGAUGUUGAGGUCUUUAAGAUCUGUUUAGAAUACUGGAAUAGCUUGGUGGAGAAUCUGUACAAUACCGAAUUCUUUCAUCCCACACUUGAGUCAUCUAAGCGACAACAAGUGUAUCCACGACGCCGUUUCUAUGCACCCAUCCUGUCCAAGGUGCGCUUCAUAAUGAUAUCACGAAUGGCCAAACCCGAGGAAGUCUUGGUCGUUGAGAAUGAGAACGGCGAAGUGGUUCGUGAGUUUAUGAAAGAUACGAAUUCGAUCAAUUUGUACAAAAAUAUGCGAGAGACUUUGGUUUUCCUCACUCACUUGGAUUGCAUGGACACUGAUCGCAUCAUGACCCUUAAACUACUGAAUCAGGUGAAUGGCACUGAAUUCUCCUGGAAAAAUCUCAACACUCUAUGCUGGGCCAUUGGCUCCAUAUCGGGUGCCUUCUGCGAAGAGGACGAGAAACGAUUUCUGGUCACUGUCAUCAAAGACCUGCUUGGCCUGUGUGAGCAAAAGAAAGGAAAGGACAAUAAGGCUAUCAUUGCAUCCAAUAUUAUGUAUGUGGUUGGGCAGUAUCCGCGUUUUCUGCGUGCUCAUUGGAAAUUCCUAAAGACGGUUGUCAACAAGCUGUUUGAAUUUAUGCACGAAACGCACGAUGGUGUGCAGGACAUGGCUUGUGAUACGUUCAUCAAAAUCGCCAUCAAAUGCCGUCGUUAUUUUGUCACAAUACAGCCCAACGAGGCGUGCACCUUUAUUGACGAGAUCCUUAGCACAAUGAGCAGCAUAAUUUGUGAUCUUCAGCCCCAACAGGUGCAUACGUUCUACGAGGCUGUUGGGUAUAUGAUUUCGGCACAGGUCGAUCAGGUGCAGCAGGAUGCACUUAUUGAACGUUAUAUGCUGCUGCCUAAUCAAGUGUGGGACGACAUUAUAUCGCGUGCAUCGAAAAAUGUAGACUUUCUGAAGAACAUGACAGCGGUGAAACAACUCGGCAGCAUACUGAAGACAAACGUGGCCGCCUGCAAGGCAUUAGGCCAUGCUUAUGUAAUUCAAUUGGGUCGCAUAUAUUUGGAUAUGCUGAAUGUGUAUAAGAUCACGUCGGAGAACAUCAUACAGGCGAUUGAAGUGAAUGGUGUCAAUGUGAACAAUCAGCCUCUAAUUAAAUCAAUGCACGUUGUGAAGAAGGAGACGCUCAAUUUGAUAGCCGAAUGGGUAUCCCGCUCCAAUGACAAUCAAUUAGUUAUGGAUAACUUUAUACCGCCCUUGUUGGAUGCCAUUUUAAUGGAUUAUCAGCGGUGUAAGGUUCCGUCGGCGCGUGAACCCAAAGUACUAAGUGCGAUGGCAACGAUUGUGCACAAACUGCGUCAGCAUAUCACGAAUGAAGUACCAAAAAUCUUUGAUGCUGUAUUUGAAUGCACGCUGGAUAUGAUCAAUAAGAAUUUCGAAGAUUUUCCACAGCAUCGUUUCAGUUUCUAUGAGUUACUGCAGGCUGUCAAUGCGCAUUGCUUCAAGGCGUUCCUCAACAUACCUCCAGCACAAUUUAAGCUGGUCUUCGACUCUGUUGUGUGGGCAUUUAAGCACACGAUGCGCAAUGUUGCUGACAUGGGUUUGAAUAUCUUAUUUAAGAUGCUGCAAAAUCUUGAACAACAUCCGAAUGCGGCGCAGAGUUUCUAUCAGACCUAUUUCACCGAUAUACUUAUGCAAAUCUUCUCAGUGGUAACUGACACUUCGCAUACGGCAGGUUUGCCAAAUCAUGCCAUUAUAUUGGCCUACAUGUUCUCGCUGGUGGAGAAUCGAAAGAUAACUGUCGAUCUGGGGCCCAUACCGGACAAUAUGAUAUUCAUACAAGAAUAUGUGGCCUCAUUGCUAAAGUCGGCAUUUAAUCAUUUAUCAGAUAAUCAGAUCAAAGUCUUUGUCACAGGCCUUUUCAAUUUAGAUGAGAAUGUGCAAGCAUUUAAGGAGCAUUUGAGAGAUUUUCUCAUACAGAUACGCGAGGCCACCGGAGAGGAUGAUUCGGAUCUGUAUCUGGAGGAGCGUGAAGCGGCAUUAGCCGAAGAGCAAUCCAAUAAACGUCAAAUGCAACGUAAUAUUCCGGGCAUGUUGAAUCCGCAUGAAUUGCCAGAGGACAUGCAGGAUGAAUAAAAUAUGCCCUGCAACAUCUGAUUGCGAUUGCAUAUUAGUUGAAGCUUAAGAGAAUGCUGAGAUGAUUGAUGAUAAUAUGAUGUAUGAGUGUUUUCUCAUUUGGAGAAAAAGUAUAAAUGUUUGUUUGAUUGAAUGCAUAUGAGUAUAAACGUUAUAUAUAUAUAUACACACACACACACAACACACACACACACCUAAAUACACACACACACACAAAACAACACAAACAUCCGCAUACUGCUGACAGUUUGCGUAUAUGUUGAAUUAAGUACGAUGAUGCGAUGAUAAGAGAAAUGUUGCGGUUAAGGUGCGCAAUUGCAUACCUUAAUAUGAUUAACAUAUUUUUGCGUACUUGCCGUCACCACCACCAAACAAGCAACCAAACCACGCACCCCCUCCACAUCCUCCUCCUUACUUAGCUGUAAAGUAUCGGCGUUCUAGAUAAGCAAAAUAACGAUCGAUGCAAAAACUUUAUACAUACAACAUAAAAACUUAUAAUGUUUGUUUGAAAUUUUAAGCUGAUUGAACAUAACUGUAGAAAUAUCGUGUAUGAAUGGAAAAUCAAGCGAACACAACUCCCCUCCCUUCCCUGACCUUCACAUACGACUUUUCACACAAGAGAAAAAUAAAUUAAAACACAUUCACGAAAACUAAAUUGUAGUUUGCCCCCCACACAACACAAGCCACAUACAUCAAGAAAUUUAUUGAGUAAUUAUAUGUAGAAACUUGCAUAAAACUCAAUACCGCAAAAAAACAAAAACAAAAUAUAAAUAAAAAAAACAUUUGUAUGUACUACAAGCAUGUAAUGUGCAUUGUAAUGAACUGUACCACAAUAAUCAGCACACACAUAACAACACACACAUUCUCACAUAUGCAAUUGAGCAACAACAAUAGAAAUUCGUAUGCGUAUGAUUGAUUGAUGCAGAUGUUUAAAUUUUUACAUUUAAAUUAGUUUGUACAUUAAUUUAAAUAAAAAUCAAUUAAAACACAACAAGUUA